AGCUCUCUCGUUUCUCUUGUUUAACUUGUUUUACUGGAUACGAUACAUCUACGUACCACAGUGGAGUGCCCACGCGUUACCCCCCCCCCCCAAAAAAAAAAACUUAUACAACGGUAAUAGAAAACAGUUUGCUUCAAAAAAAAAGGAACUUUGACGUGGUUUGCUUUGCUUUUCUUUCUGUUUGUGUAUGUUUCUUAGCCGGUCCCUCAUCGAACUACAGAGGCAGAGAGAGCCAGAGAGAGUGUGCGUGUGUGUGGCGAUAGAACGCCACGUACAGUAUACAACCGCCCUACGGGAAACAACGGGCACACGUUUAUAUUCUAAUAAAUAAUAGCGAUCAACAUUGCGCAAUGGAGGCGGGGCAGUUUGCCGUGCACGUGCUGAAAUGCCCGUUCGGCGUGCGUGGGGUGCAGUUCACAUCCGACGUGAACGAGUCCCCUUCCGCAACUUCGCUGUCUUUCAACGAUCACUAUGCAUACGUGUCAAGGGAAGCAGAGACGAACACCGCCGCUCCUCGAAGCUACGCAGUAGGCGGCACACGCGGCAUUCAGCAGCUGGUCGCCACCACACGCGGCGUACAAAAGGCACCGGAAAGCAUGAUUGCCGGGAAACUCAAUUCGACGAACGCCGCUAAGACGCAGCCCACAUCUUUUCGGGGCGCUCUUCCCGACGUCUUUUCCAUUCACGACAAGGGACGCCUCUUGCUGUGGAACAGUCAAACCGGAGCCCUUGCUGCCUCGUACGCCUUCAACCCAGCCUUCACGGUGAACCAGUGCGUCGUGACACCCACCUGCGUGUACACAACGCUGGAGGGCUCCCCUGCCACCGCCGGCGCGGAGGAUGAGACGUGCGUGUACGCAUGGGAUCGGCUCACGCUGCAGCCGGUCACGGUGUUGCGGGGGCACGAAGCUCGUCUGACGGCACUGGCGGUGGCACCCGCCAACAUCGAAAAUGUGGUCACAACGGAUGUUUUGUUGGCAACAGCUAGCCUGGAUGGCACGGUACGCCUGUGGAGGCACCACUACGAUCCUGAGGAAAGCGCAACCCCCGAUGCGCAAGCCAAGCCAGCAAGUGUGAACCCUGUCAAGACUCUCGCGGUGCUCCCCGCCACGGAGCUCGGCGUCGUUCUCGGUCUGAGCUUCAUCGCCACCGAUGUUCUCGUCGCGGCGUGCAGCAAGUGUGUGCUAGCGUUCGUGCGUCUCUCCAGCGUGGUAGGAAAAGAGGGCUGGAGCAGUGGCUUGACGAACGGACGCGCGCCAAGCCGCGACAGCGAGUUGAGGUGGCAGCUGGUGCGCUCUUCUGUCGACCCCGACGGCAGCACGACUACCCUCCACGUGUGCGCCCCAAGCGCGAUCGAGAGCCACAAAACAUCGAAUCGAAAAACCAGCAAUGCGCCUGCUGCGCCCACAGCGGCGAUGCCCUCGCCACCUCUGCAGGACGUGCGGAGGAGGAAGAACAUCUUGACGGGCAGUACCAGCGGCUAUCUGCAGGAGUGGGUGAUCGAGUUGGGCGAGGGAGACGGUCAGCCGCGACCACUACUUUCGCCGACGGCGGACGAAGAGGACACGCCUCCGUCGCCUACCGCGGCCGCCUCAGCUGCCCGGGCCACCGUGCGUGGCCGGUGGCACAACAAGGCGCACGCCGCCACUAUCGACUGCAUCGUGACGGAUGACGACAUCGUGGUGAGCACCAGCAUCUUCGACGGCGCUCGGCUGUACCACCGCCGCACCGGGGCCACCUGCGUGAUCACGACGGUCGCCGUUGUGCUGGUACUUGCCCCGCAGCUGAAGCAGUUCAUCUGGGGCUCCGUGGACGGCUCCGUCACUGUGGCGAACUACGCUCUUUUCGCGUCGGGCACCGAACGGGAACUGCAGCUGCUAUGGACGGUGAAGCCACACGCGGCGGCCAUACGAGGCGUGUGUCUGUCCUUGACGGCGGAGCUCCAGUGGAAGGCGCUCUGCAUCGGGGCGGCGGACGGCUCCGUGUCGGUGUGGCGUCCCGCAAGCCCCGCCGCACCUUCCGGGGGCGUCGCGAAACAGCAUCGGGGAGUAGCACCUGUGUUGAGUUGCGUGAUGGACACGUACGUCGCUGAUGGCGCCGCUGCUGUCGUCAUGACUGUGGUUGGGUUGAGGAGAGAAGAGAGUGGGUAUGCCCUCGCGGUGGCAGAGAUGCCCACCGACAACGCUGCUAUCAGCUCUGUGAAUGUGCUGCCGCUGCCCGCGGCGCAAAAGGCAGCUGAUAUCACGUGUGCGCGGCUGUGCUGCAGCGCGGAAACGCAGCGCAAGCUUUGCUUAUUUGUGGGCACACGUAGCGGGCUGCUCCUACACUCCGUCAAGGAAGGGCCUCCGCGCAAUCAGUGGCGUGCACUGGGGUUGUGCAAGUGGACGGCGACCAACGCAACUCAUCCCGCCAGCAUCACCGCCAUCUCGCCUUUGCGGGUUGUGCCCCCUCACGGAGCUGUGAUUGCCGUGACGUCGCAGGGAAACGUAGGCACGUCUCUCGAGAUGCAGCGUGUUCUCAUCUCUGUUCUUCGUACACACCCGGGGAAGGGUGCUGUGGUGGUGGACGAGAUUCCUCGUUGGGAAGCCUUUGUGGAUGUGCCUACGCCGUCGCAGGGAAGCCUUGUUUCCUCUGAGUUGAGCAUCAACGACGAGCAGCCGCAAGUGACUGUCGCGUGGAUGAAGCCGGCCGACACGACCACCGCCGCUGAAGCUCCGGCGAGUAACGGACUUGUCGUGCGCGAUAAGCGUGGCCUGCUCGUUCGCUGUCGUUUCGGGUCGAGUGCCACCUCGGUGGAGAAAAAGAAGGACGCAGAGCACACGUGGGCGGCACCGGAGGUGUUCCUUAAACCAUCUGGUGCCUUCGAACGCAACUUCCUGGGCGUAGCACCAACCCUGGACCCGACGAAUACUGAAGUGGUUGUGACGGAAAGCGGCGAGUCGGACCUUCUCUGCGUGGAUUUCGCGACGGGUUGCAAGCAUGUGUUGAUGAAAGCCCCCGUGCGGCAUACCGACCUGGGCAGCGUCAUCUGCGAUGCCGGCACCAACGUCGUGCGCUUCGCUGCGGCGCGCAUCAGCGGCAGUGCCGCCUCGGCGUUGACACAGGUGGCCCUCUACGACGGUCACGGGAAGGAGCGGUACCGUGUUAAUCGCGAUGGCGCCGUCACUGUGUGUGCGUCGACGGCGGUAGCGAACACGAGAAACGAGGUGACGCUUACCCCGAUGCCGGUGAAGGCUUCUGCGCGGAGCAGCCCCUCCCGGUCGAACCCGCCUCCUGCGUGCACGCUGCUGGCCGCCAGUGCCGUGGAUCGGCUGCUUUUCAUCGGCUACGAUGACGGUCUUCUGCAGAUGGUGGACACAACCGACAUGUUUGUGUUUAUGCGCGUCUGGGUCAAGAAUGAGGUGGGCACGCCUCACGCGAUUCGCGAGGUGCGGUAUGCGAAUGGGGUGUCGCUCGUCCGCCUAGCAGACGACUGCCUUCGCGUGUUUGCUGUCCCGCCGCGCAGCAUUUUGGAUCAGCCGAUGCCGCUGACGGUGCAACACAGACGAUUCAAAGGCCUCCCAAGUCGCACAAACAAAAGUCGUCUUUUCUAUUAG